AUUCGAACUUGGAGACGCUUGAUCCUGUGCCACGUGAGGGCGACAGGCCCCAAGUCGUGGGUCAUCCUAUGUCACAUGAGAACGACAGGCCCCAAGUCGUAGGUCAUCCUAUGUCACAUGAGGGCGACAGGCGCCAAGACGUAGGUCAUCCUAUGUCACGUGAGAACGACAGGCCCCAAGUCGUAGGUCAUCCUAUGUCACGUGAGGACGAUGUGCGCCAAGUCGUAGGUCAUCCUGAACUCGUUCCAAGGGUCGAUAACCCAUUUCAAGACAAAAGAACAAGCGAAGACCCGCGACCAAUGACAAAUGGAGGCACGAGGCAGAGUAAUCUCAGA